AAAAAAUUCCUAAAAAAAAUUUCUAGACAGAUUCUUAGGAAUGCAGUUCCGGGCCAGAAUGAAGCUUAUGACGAUGAAAGCAGCUCGUGCAGGUCUGCUGCUAGGCUUUGGGUGCAUCUUUCUAAUAAUUCUGACUCGGUCACUCACGCCUAAAGAGACUGUAGAGGUUAUUAAAAGCAACUCAAGGUCAAUGAUCAACCGUUCUUCGCCCGAGACGGAGGACCUUUUCUUGCACCCUGACCUCCUGGGGAAGGACAUGCGAGAUGAGGCCGUCAUCAAGGCAGCACAGGAAGCCCUCCUCGCGCCAUCCCUUCAUGUUCCGUACCACCUUGACAAACCAAGCCAGAGAUUCUUCUCCGAGUUCGGCCAAGAUAAAUUUUUGGAGGAAGUUUUUAAAGAUACGAAAGGAGGCUUCUUCUUCGAAGUAGGCGCCUUCAACGGGGAGGAAUUGUCAAACACGCUCUUCCUUGAACGGGAGCUCGGCUGGACGGGAGCCCUCAUGGAGCCCUCGCCCAGCUACCUCGUCCUCAAGAGCAAGAACAGAAGAGCGCACAUCAUGCGGGCCUGUGUCUCCCCCGACACCACCUACAGUGAACUUGUCCUAGAUGUGGGAAAAGUUCGUGCAGCGACUUACUCACUUCUUAAUGCCAAGAAGGCACAAAAAACUGUGAAAGUUCCGUGCUAUCCCUUCUACAGCGUCUUGACCGCGCUGGGCAAUCCUGUGGUGGACUUCAUGACACUCGACGUCGAGGGCGUCGAAAUGAAUGUGCUGAGGAGCAUCCCUUGGAAUGACGUGAAGAUCAGAGUGAUCACCGUUGAGAUCAUCUGGGCUCCUGAAGGUCCUGAAGGCAUCAGGAGGUACAUGGAAGCCAGAGGCUUCGAGUUCAUUGCGCACUAUGUAAAUGACUAUAUUUUCUUCAACAAAAAACUCAGUCAUGGUUUGAACAGGAAAGUCAAAGUGUGAAGGUAGCUGAGCUGGCCCCUUACAGGAACUUGAAGCAUUUUCCUCCCAAGAAGUUGUACCACAGUCAACUCACACACCCCACAGUCAACUCACACACCCCACAGUCAACUCAC